CUCACGCGAGAUAACCAUUUGCGCCUGAACCUCGAGAAGUGAUAUCAAUUCUGUCACAUUGCACGCUCCUACUAUAGCCAUGUUUUCCGGACUCUUUUUCAUCUGUUGGAGGGCAGGGCAGCUGGUCACUCUCAUCCCGCCCUUGGGCAUGCUGUCCUGGUUCAUCGAUGGCUUCGUAAAGGCCAACAUGCUCACCCCAACCUACAUCCUCGUGCUAUUCAUCGUCACCGUGCUUGCUUCCGUAUGGGCAGUCGAAACGCUCGUCCGCUACAGUAGCACCAAACGAUCCGCGAUAUUCGUCUCCUUCGUCGACAUCUGCUUCUUCGGCUCCUUCGUUGCAAGUGUUUAUCUUCUCCGGGGCAUUGCUGUCGAAAACUGUAACAGCUUUACCCGCAGCCAAUUCCUUCAGUCCCUAGGACCAUUUGGGUUCUGGGGCCAGCGGACAAAUAAUCCUCUUAGCCAAGACCCAACGAAAGUCUGUUCGAUGCUGAAGGCUUCCUUUGCGUUUGCUAUUCUGAACACGAUGUCGUUCUUUUUCACGGCCAUUUUCGCGUAUUUCUUGUGGCAGCAUGAGACUAAGCAUCAGGGAGAGAAGAGAUCGCGCCGGCAUAGCCAUUCCAGCAGACGGAGCCAGCAUCGCCAUCGAAGCAGCUCUGGUCGACGGGGUGAUUAUCAUGUUUGAUUUCGGUGUUUUCCUUUUCUUUUCUAAUAUGGUAAUGGCUCUUCCCGCCCCGAAGAUAAUAUUGGGAAGAUCUUAUCUCACGACGGUGCACAGUAAUCUCUUUUUGAAGGCCUUGCCGAGAUGAUUCCAUGCUAAUUCUCCGGAAGGCUAGGACUCGGGAUAUCCGUGACAUGAUUUGAUGACUUAUGCGUUUCCUUUUGCAAUAGCCCUUCAGCUAUGUUUACGACUUUAAUGAUCUCUUUUUAUGUAUAGAUGCCCUGUAUGUAUGAUCACAUGGAUGG